CCCUCCCCGCCUGCGCGCCCACCCCAGCUAUCAUGGCGGCUCCCUUGGCUCUGGUGCUGGUAGUGGCCGUGACCGUGCGGGCGGCCUUGUUCCGCUCCAGUCUGGCCGAAUUCAUUUCCGAACGGGUGGAGGUGGUGUCCCCACUGAGUUCUUGGAAGAGAGUGGUUGAAGGCCUUUCACUGUUGGACUUGGGAGUGUCUCCGUAUUCUGGAGCAGUAUUUCAUGAAACUCCAUUAAUAAUAUACCUCUUUCAUUUCCUGAUUGACUAUGCUGAAUUGGUAUUUAUGGUAACUGAUGCACUCACUGCCAUUGCCCUGUAUUUUGCAAUCCAAGACUUCAAUAAAGUUGUGUUUAAAAAGCAGAAACUCCUCCUAGAACUAGACCAGUAUGCCCCAGAUGUGGCCGAACUCAUCCGAACCCCUAUGGAAAUGCGUUACAUCCCUCUGAAAGUGGCCCUGUUCUAUCUCUUAAAUCCCUACACGGUCUUGUCUUGUGUUGCCAAGUCUACCUGUGCCAUCAAUAACACCCUCAUUGCCUUCUUCAUUUUGACCACGAUAAAAGGUAGUGCCUUCCUCAGUGCUAUUUUUCUUGCCUUAGCAACAUACCAGUCUCUGUACCCACUCACCUUGUUUGUUCCAGGACUCCUCUAUCUCCUCCAGCGGCAGUAUAUACCUGUGAAAGUGAAGAGCAAAGCUUUCUGGAUCUUCUCUUGGGAGUAUGCCAUGAUGUACGUGGGAAGCCUAGUGGUAAUCAUUUGCCUCUCCUUCUUCCUUCUCAGCUCCUGGGACUUCAUCCCUGCAGUAUAUGGCUUCAUACUUUCUGUUCCAGAUCUCACUCCAAACAUCGGUCUUUUUUGGUACUUCUUCGCGGAGAUGUUUGAGCACUUCAGCCUCUUCUUUGUAUGUGUGUUUCAGAUCAACGUCUUCUUCUACACCAUUCCCUUAGCCAUAAAGCUAAAGGAGCACCCUGUCUUCUUCAUGUUCAUUCAGAUUGCCAUCAUCUCCAUCUUCAAGUCCUACCCAACAGUGGGGGAUGUGGCCCUCUACAUGGCCUUCUUCCCUGUGUGGAACCAUCUCUACAGAUUCCUGAGAAACAUCUUUGUCCUCGCCUGCAUCAUUAUCGUCUGCUCCCUGCUCUUCCCUGUCCUGUGGCACCUCUGGAUUUAUGCAGGAAGUGCCAACUCUAAUUUCUUUUAUGCCAUCACAUUGACCUUCAACGUUGGGCAGAUCCUGCUCAUCUCCGAUUACUUCUAUGCCUUCCUGCGGCGGGAGUACUACCUCACACAUGGUCUCUACUUGACUGCCAAGGACGGCACGGAGGCCAUGCUUGUGCUCAAGUAGGCCUGGCUGGGCACAGGGCUGCAUGGACUUCAGGGGGUGGAAGGGCCAGAAGCUGGGCCAAGCCCCCUAGCCAGAGUUGCCAGCAGAGGAGGCCUCCGGCAGAUGAGGUUCGAGUCCAGGGUUACAAAUCUCUGGCACCAGAGAGGAGCCAUGGCUGGCAGCAAGGCCAAUGGGGAAUAGCCAGGAGCUCCUCCACUUGGACCCCCACUUUGUGGUUCUGCACACCGGGGAGCCCCCUCCGAGGCUCGAAAGGGGAAGAAGCAGGUGAGCAGGGUUUGUUAGGUUGUGACUACUUAAUAAAUGGUUUUUUGUUACAAAGAAAUCGA